AAAAACAAAACGGCUCCGAGUGACAUUGCUUUCCUCUUCCUCCUGCAGUUUCAAUGUCAAUGUCUCUCCAUAUAACGCUGGAGAGUUUGAUAUAGUCGAUGCAACCAGUCGUCCAUCUCCGUCUCGCUCGCUCGCUAACCUCCUCCAAUGGCGGGUCACCACUCCUCUCAAUCGUCUCACCAGGCCUUCGCCUCGCGCCUCCUCCUCCUCCUCACUGCCCUCCCGUUGACUCUCGCCUGCUUCGCCUUCGUCCUCCAAUGGCGCGGCGGCCUCAACGAUCCCGUCACCCGCUGGUCCACCGAUCGCCUCGAGUUCCCCGGCAUGGACGGCGCCGGGGGCUCCAAUGUGCCGUCUUCCCGCGCCUCGCGCGGCGAUGGCUCCGAUUGCGCCGACGUCCUCGGCCGGAGCCGGACGGCGUCGUUCCCGUACUACCGCGAUUGGAAGUUCGAUCUCGGAUCGGAUCUGCGGCCUCAGAUAUGCAUCACGACAAGCACUUCUGCUGGCCUAGAACAGACACUGCCAUGGCUAUUUUAUCAUAAGGUUAUUGGAGUAUCAACCUUUUUCCUUUUCGUGGAAGGAAAGGCUGCCUCGCCUGAAGUGUCUAAAGUUUUGGAAUCUAUUCCAGGGGUCAGGGUCAUAUACAGGACGAGAGAACUAGAGGAACAGCAAGCAAAAAGCCGUAUCUGGAAUGAGACUUGGUUGGCAAGCUUCUUCUUCAAGCCAUGCAACUAUGAGCUUUUUGUGAAGCAAUCCCUAAAUAUGGAAAUGGCUAUUGUCAUGGCAAGGGAUGCAGGGAUGGAUUGGAUCAUCCAUCUGGACACUGACGAGCUCAUAUAUCCAGCUGGAACUCGUGAGUAUUCAUUGAGACAGCUGCUGGCUGAUGUGCCUGGAAAUGUUGAUAUGGUCAUUUUUCCAAAUUAUGAAAGCAGUGUGGAGAGAGAUGAUGUUAAAGAGCCCUUUAGUGAGGUGUCAAUGUUUAAAAAGAACUAUGAUCAUCUAACAAAAGAUGUAUACUUUGGCAAUUACAAAGAUGCAACUCGUGGUAAUCCAAAUUACUUUCUGACUUAUGGAAAUGGGAAGGCUGCGGCUCGUAUUCAAGAUCAUCUUCGUCCCAAUGGUGCUCACAGAUGGCACAACUACAUGAAAACCCCAAAUGAGAUUAAAUUGGAAGAGGCCGCUGUUCUGCAUUACACAUAUCCAAAGUUUUCGGAUUUGACAUCAAGACGUGAUCGGUGUGGCUGCAAGCCUACAAAGGAGGAUGUGAAAAGAUGCUUCAUGUUGGAGUUUGACCGAGCAGCUUUCAUUAUUGCAUCAACUGCGACAGAGGAGGAAAUGCUUCGCUGGUAUCGAGAACGAGUUGUAUGGACAGACCGAACGGUGAAUCUUAAACUCCUUAGGAGAGGCAUUUUGACUCGCAUUUAUGCUCCUAUGGUUAUCGUGCAAGGAUUGAGAGAAUCUGGUGUUUUCAGCUCUGUAAUAGCAUCAGCACAAGAGACGGACAAGAUUGUGUCCAUUGAGAACAGGAACUCUUCUAGGAAACUUGAAUCUGGAGAGGUUUCCUCUAGAAAGAUAGGUACCAACAAAGAGUCUCGAGCAAUCCCAAGAAGAGUAUUGGAAAGUACCGAGAGCGAUAUUCACCCUUCAGCAGUCCCACCAUUAUCUCCUCCUGGUGCGGAUGACUCUCACUUAUUGUCUGAUGCAUUAAGGAUACAGUGAGUCUUGCCUCCUUAUAACCGGUCUUAUUUGAGAAAAGCACGACAUUUACACAUCUCUGCCAAAGUGGAAUGUGCCGGAUGAGAGAGAUUGGAGCCAGAUCUAGCCGGCAUUGGACGUUCAGUUCCAGUUUUAUGGUUCUUCCCGAUCACUACCCAAGCGUUGACGUACAUUUCGGGAUUCGAGCAUACAGCAUUGACCUGGAGGGGUUCUUCCUCUUUUUUUUCCCCUAUAUCGGGCUGAUUUUUUCUGCAUUUGCCCCGUUUUUUUUUUUUCCUUACGGUUAUCUUGGGUCCUUUCCCAGGAUUGCCAAUCUUCUUAUAUGUUUAUUCAUACGCUCGGACAUUUUUUUCUCUUUGGAGGGGGGCGGGGAGGAUUUACUUUUCACCCCCAUUUACACUAUACAAAUAGUCACUCUAGGAAGAUUUUACCUCACAUUUCCACUUUGUGUUCAGAACUGUCUUCAGUAUAAACUUUCACAUAUCACAGCAAAUCAUUUA